AUGAGUUUGAUCGGUAGCAAAUUUGGCCAUAUAUCCUAUGCAUUAAACAGUCCUUCAUACUGGAUAAUUAUCAGCCCAGAUUAUCCUGAUACCAUUAUAACACCAGCUAAAGAUUUGUGUGUUUCGAAAUACACGAACUUAUGGGUUGCUAUUUUAACUAGCAGCAAUGGUUUGCUAAUAAUUCUGGCUGCUUUUCUGGCAUAUGAAACACGUCAAGUCAAAGUACAAGGCCUUAAUGAUAGCAAGUACAUUGCCAUAUGCAUGUAUAAUCUUGUUUUAUUGAGUGGCAUUGCUGUUCCCGUGGCUUUUGCCCUCCAACUUCAUCAAGAUUACCCCUACCUUGCGAUUGCAAGUUUAAUAAUUUACUGCACAUCAUUAUCGCUAUGCUUAUUUUUUAUCAUUCGUUUUAGAAUUAUCUGUAAAUAUCCGGUGGAAGAGAGACCUAUUAAGGUCUUAAAAAAGGAUACAUCGCUUAUUUUAUCGACACAAUGUGAAUGCCAGUGCUCGUAUACACAAAGUGAAGGCAAGCUCAUAACUGCUCUAACCGUAAAGCUGCAAGAGGAAUUUGCAAGCAAUAGAGAUAAACUUAAAAUAACAAUAACUAAAUAUCAGUUGUGGAAUAUAAUGAUUGACAAGCAGUAA